AUGGCUGGCGCACCAGAUCCGAAGGUAGUUGACAGGCUUCAGAGAACAUUUUCGGGCCUCGACGACAAUCUGAAUUACCAAGAUGGACAUGGUAUCUCGAGAGGAUAUAACACCUACAAGAAUGCACACAAAGACGCCAACGCUGCUGCCACAACUUACAGAGAUGCGGCCGAAGGGCUGCAGUUGAAUCGCCCAUAUGAUCAGAACAACCAACCCAUAGGUGGGCUUGUGGCAGGCAGGAUGUUCAACGGCACAGGACAUCGGGCCUUGGAUCCUGUUGCUGGCAAUGCUGCUGAUGCUUUUAAUGUUCAUACCGAACGCCGCGAGUCCUUCAACAAUAAAUACAAGGAAGUUCUCAUAGCCAAAAAUGAAUAUGCAGGCCAUGUACAACAAGCGGUCCAAUCCCAGAAAGCUGAGACUAGAUACAAUAGGAUUCAGCAACAGCAUCAGCAGUAUGGUCAACAACAACAAACUCGGCAGCAACCACAGGCCCAGCAGCAACCACAGGCCAUUAACCCUGGCGAUUGGGUAUGGUAUGAUCAGUACCAGAAAUGGGGACGUCAAGUACAGGGAACUUGGGAAUGGGCAUGA